UAACGCGCCAAUUUUAAUCCGUAGACGCAUGUGGUAUAAUUUCAGAAGAAAAUAAAAUAGUUGAACAUUUUAGCUAUAAUUAAACAUUAAUUCUAAUUUUUUAUUUCUUUUCGAUCGUUUAUAAAAUUCUAUAAAUUAAAAAAUUGUAUAAAAAAGUUUGUUAUUGCAAUAGGACGGCUUGAUGUUCGUGGAGCGAUUGAAAUUUAGAGGUUAAAAUAAUUUUUAUGAUUUGUGUGGAUUAUUGUAGGAUAUAUAUUCAAACAAAACAUCUAGUUGAGAAACUUUUCAACAUAAGGAAGCAUUAUGGACUCAGACGAUCAUCCAGGAGAAGAUCACAUAUUAAUAAAAAAUGCUACACUUGUUGUAGUUGAUGCGCCAAAUAAUAUGGAGUUUGGAAUAGAUUUAAAUUCUUGGGAUAUUAAAACUAAUAAAAAGUAUAUGGGUAUAAAAUUCAUACCUCCAGGAUUCCGUUUUGUACAUUAUAGAAUAGAAGAUUGUCAUGGCGGACCAUCAUUUAGAAUUGGUUUUAUUCAUUAUUUUGAGAAUGGUGAAUUAAUGGUCAAAUGUUGGGAUAAAUCAACAAAUGAAAUGAGUGCUGAUCCUGUAGAUGAAGAUUUGCUUGUAUAUCUUCGAAACAGUCUCUUAGAUUUAGAUAAAGUUCUUGUUCCUUAUUGCUUUGAUUAUAUUGAUAGAUGGGAACGAUUGACUGAUAAAAUUGAUUUUGAUGUAGUAAAACGUUGUAAACCUCUUUGUGGUUUUAUAUAUUCGGCUAUGGAAUUAGUGCCUUGUAGUAGUGAUGCGGAACUCUCUACUAGUGUCUUAGAAACAGAAGAGAAAAGUGGAAUACCACAAACUAGACCUAUGCAGAAUCGAAUACCGAAAUUAUUGCCUAACUUAAAACCAAAACCUGGUUCAGAACUGAGAUUAACACCAAUACCUGACAAAUAUUAUCCUGAUAAUGCAACUCCUGAACAAAUUACAAGAUAUAAUCUUGAUUACAGUUAUACUUGGGAGAUUGUGCUUGCAAAAAUAAAAUGUCAACCGGAAAUACUUGGAGAAUUGCAACUUACUUUCGUCUGUGUCUUAAUAGGCCAAAAUUGGGAAGCCUUUGAACAAUGGAAAAAGAUUCUCUCAUUGAUAUGUGGUGUAGAUGCACUUAUACCAAGUUAUAGAUCUCUUUAUUUAGAAUUUUGUUGGACUAUAGAAGCUCAGUUAGAUUAUAUUCCGGAAGACAUGUUAGUGGAUGUUAUUUAUACUGAAAAUUUUAUUUAUCACCACUUGCGUAAGUUAUUUAGGAACAUUGAACUUCAUUCGGGCAUAGAUGCGCCUUUCAAGUUUAUUGCAACACGAUGCCGUGAACGAAUAUGUAAUAUGCUUAAGUGGAACUUUGGUGAUUUACAUGAAGAAGACGGAGAAGAAGCACCUAUAAUUGUAGAUUAAAUAUUAAUCAUAUUAUCAAUAAAAAU